AUGACGGAGCACAUGGAAAGGAUGAAGAAGAAGCGGGGGACAAUCCGCGCCUCAACAACAAAGCUGUUGACUCGCAUUGAGGAGGAGGUGAGCAAGGAUGUACCCGACUGUGAUAAACUCCGUGAAAUGCUGUCAGUACUGUCAACAAAGGAGGAAAGUUUAAUAGACUUGGACAAAGGCAUUGAGGACGAAACGGCCACUGACGAACUGGAGACGGAAGUUGCAAACACUCAGGAGUACCAGGACCGCAUUCUCACGUGGAAGGCUCGCGCCACCAGACUGAUUCAGAAGGCACGUGACCCAGUGAGUGUGCGGGUGAGCGAUGCAAGUAUCAACUCAGUCAAAUCGCCAGGUACACAGACUGUUAAACUGCCCAAGCUAAUCAUAGAGAAAUACAGUGGAGAAAUAAGCCAGUGGCAAGAAUUCUGGUCUCAAUAUGAAACAGCAAUUCAUAACAAUGAUGCCCUGUGUAAGAGAGAAAAGUUCAUUUACCUGAAGUCCUACUUGACUGGAGCAGCAGCAAGAGCUGUAGCAGGACUUACUAUGACUGAUGGAAAUUAUGAUGCAGCAGUGGAAUUGCUUGAGAGCCGUUUUGGAAGAAAGGAUAUUGUAAUCAGUGCACACAUGUCAAAACUGUUGAACCUGGCUCCAGUGAAGAGAUCAGCAGAUGUAGUAGCUCUCAGACACCUCUAUGAUGAAUGUGAAAUACAAAUUCGCAGUCUAGAAUCAUUAGGAGUUCAUAGUGACACAUAUGGCUGUUUGUUAUGCCCAGUGCUAUUACAACUUAUACCUGAAGACAUCGCAUUGGCUUACACCCGCCAGACAGACUCCAGUGGUGAAUGGAAGGUGUUUGAACUCAUCCGUUUCCUGCAAAAUGAAGUCCAAAGCAGAGAGAGAGCACUACAGCUUACAAGACCAGGUAUCACACAAAGGGACAUUCAGACCAAUAACAGAUCGCUUGGCAAAGCAGCUCCUUUCUGUGAGAACAAACCAAAGAAGUGGAGUGUACCUUCAGCAACGGCACUGCACACAGCUAGUAAUGCCCCUCAGACCUGUGUGUAUUGUGACAGUGAGAACCACAAACCAGAACAUUGUCCAGAUAAGUCUGUGUCUGCUCGCAAGGAGAAACUGAGGAAGAUGGGAAGAUGUUAUGUUUGCCUUGGCCCAAAACACAUAGCCAAAUUUUGCAGAGCUAAAGGUGUUAUAUGUGCUCUGUGUGGUCGCAGACAUCAUCAGUCAGUUUGUGAGCUAAAUGAAGCUAAGACAGACACUAGCAAUAACAAUACAGAGACUGUUGUAUCAUCGGUGUCCAGUACAGUAAAACUGAAAGCUGACAUCCGGAACACAGUGUUGCUCCAAACUGUGAAGGCAUGGGCAGGUGGUCCAGCAGGGAAAAAGAUCGUGCGCUGCCUGUUAGACGGAGGGAGUCAGAGAAGCUUCAUUCGUGAGGAUGUGGCAAAGGCACUAAGAUUACCAGUGGUAAGACAGGAGACACUAAAUCUACAUACCUUUGGAUCCACCACACCUGCAACAGUACAGCGCAACGUCGUGAAGGUGUGGAUGGAAAAUGUGUGGGAUUCACAGCAAAGAAUCGAGAUUGAAGCUGUGGAAACCCCCCAAGUGUGCAGUGCUGUGAUAAAGGUCCCUGGCAAACCCUUACAAGAAGAGAUGGAGAGAAAGGGUCUACAACUAGCUGAUUUCUCACUAGAUGGCUGUGAUGAUCCAGAACUCUCAGUGUUAAUAGGCGGAGACUUCUACUGGAAGGUUGUGUCAGGCAAGGUCCAGAGAUUGACUAAUUCAUUAGUGGCCAUAGAGAGCAGCUUUGGGUGGGCUUUGCAAGGACCAGUAUCAACAUCCAGUGUAACUGAUGCGACCUGUAUGCACAUCAGUCUAGAAGAGGACACUCAGAUUGUGAAACAGUUGCAUGCCUUUUGGGAGGUGGAGUCUCUGGGCAUUGUCCACGAGAAAGCUAGGAGCCCAGAAGAAGCAGAGGCACUCCAGAACUUUGAACAGACAGUAACACAUAACAAUGGCCGCUACCAAGUGGAGUUACCAUGGCGACCUGAUAAACCAGAUCUCCCAGACAACUUCAGGGUCGCAAAGGGAAGGUUUGAAGGCCUCAAGAGGAGACUAAAGAUGGACACGACCCUGUACACAAGGUACAGCGACAUCAUUAAAGAUUACCUGCAACAAGGCAUCUGUGAGGAUGUACCAGCUAACACUUUAAAACAAGAAAAUCCAGAGUCUGUAAAAUAUUACAUGCCACAUCAUGCUGUUCUUCGAGAAGAUAAGAUAACUACUAAACUGAGGGUGGUUUUUGAUGCAUCAUCACAUGAAGAUGGUAGCCCCUCACUCAAUGACUGUUUACUGACUGGGCCAAAUCUCAACCCUAAUUUACUAGAUGUGCUGAUCAAGUUCAGACUUCACCAGAUAGCCUUUACUGCUGAUAUUACCAAAGCCUUCUUGCAGAUAGCUUUAGCAGAGAAAGAUAAAGAUGCUGUGAGGUUCCUGUGGCUGCAGGGGCCCCCAACCAAAGACAGUGAAAAUGAUCUGCGCAUCUUGAGAAUGAGCAGAGUAGUAUUUGGAGUGUCACCCAGCCCUUUCUUGUUAGCUGCAACAAUCAGAAAACAUAUCAAGCAGUAUGAAACAGAGCAGCCCAAGACAGUGGAGGCGCUGAGGGAGUGUCUUUAUGUAGAUGAUUUCAUUGCCAGCGCAAGUAAUGUGGAUGAAGCACUUUCAGUCACUACAAAGGCAAAAGAGAUUCUGUCCCAUGCUGGCAUGAACCUAUGCAAAUGGAUAACUAAUUCACCAGAACUGAGAGCUAAGUGGACAGAAGGUGGAAUGGAGCACACAACAGAAACAGCCACUUGUGGAAAUGUACUGAAGGUGUUGGGACUAGUAUGGAGAUCAGAGAAGGAUGACUUUGUGUUUGACCUAAAGGGACUGCUAGACAUUAUGAAAGGCAAGGAAAACACAAAGAGAAAUGUACUACAGACAUCAGCUCGUGUCUUUGACCCAAUCGGGUUUCUCACCCCCUUCACCAUCAGAGCCAAGUGCCUGUUCCAGGAACUGUGGGAGAGGGGAGUUGGUUGGGAUGAUCAGCUGCCUUCAGACCUGGCUGAAAAAUGGGACCGGUGGUGUGCAGAGUUGCCGCAGCUCCACCAGCUGGACAUACCAAGAUGGUACCAAAUAGACAUUAACCCAGACUCACAGACUGUCAAGCUACACGUUUUCUGUGAUGCCAGCGAAAGGGCGUACAGUGCUGUUGCCUAUUUGCAAGGAGAGAACAAAGAAAAGGAGAUUGUGACAAGUUUUGUGGCAUCCAAGUCAAAGGUAGCCCCCUUAAAGAAAAUGACAUUACCACGCUUGGAACUUAUGGGAGCACUGAUUGGAGCAAGGCUAGGUAAUAAUCUUCUCAAGCCACUCAACAUGAAAAUAAAUCAGUUAAACAUGUGGACAGACUCAAUGAUUGUUCUUCACUGGAUACGCAGCACAGCACAAAGGUGGAAGCCGUUUGUGGCCAACAGAGUGGCUGAGAUACAAGGUCUCACAAAUCCUGAACUGUGGUCUCACUGCAAUGGCAAAAACAAUCCUGCUGACUUGCCCACCAGAGGGCAGAGUGUAGAGAACCUCCUGCAAAGCCAGUUAUGGUGGAGUGGACCCAUCUCACUGUCAUCUGCAGAAGAAGUAGAAAGCAUUGAUGAGGACUGCAUUGCAGAUGAGGUAAGCAGGGAGCUUAGGUCUAAGUUUCAGACAGUAGUACAGCUUAGCACCGUUGAGCAGGCUGAGCCAUUGUUAGACCUAGGAAAAUACAGCAGGUUGAAAACAGUACUGAGAAUAACUGCAUGGGUGCGAAGGUUCAUAACUAAUGCCCGCUCCUCUCCAAGAACUCAAGGAGAGUUAACUACUGAGGAGCUCACUGCAGCAGAAGUGUACUGGGUAAAAGUGACACAAAACCAGAGUUUCAGUCAAGAAAUCUGUCAGCUGAAGUCUGGAAGAGAUAUCAAGAAAGACUCAAAAAUCAGAGACUUGAAGCCGUUUUUUGAUGAAAAUGGCCUUGUUAGUGUGGGAGGCAGGCUACAGCACACUGAUUUCAGCUUCAGGGAGCAGCACCCAUGGGUGCUGCCUGCAAAUCACAAAUUCUCUGAGUUGCUAGCUCAGGACUGUCAUGAGAGAGUGAUGCACUCUGGGAUUAGAGACACUCUGGUGCAAAUGAGGGAAAGAUACUGGGUUUUGAGGGGGAGACAGCUGGUCAAGCAAGUGGUAGCACAUUGUCACAUCUGCAGGAGACUUAAGCUUAAGCCAGUGCAGCAAGUUACAGCUCCAUUACCAAGAGACAGAGUCACAGAGUCCCCACCCUUUGAAGUAACUGGGGUAGAUUUUGCAGGGCCGCUCUAUGUUAAAUGUAGUGGUCAGCCUAAGAAGGCAUACAUUGCACUAUUUACUUGUGCUGUUACCAGAGCAGUGCAUUUAGAGCUAGUUUCAGAUCAGACUACUGAAAACUUUCUGUUAGCCUUAAGAAGAUUUAUUGCAAGGCGAGGGCUGUGUAAAGUUAUUUACUCAGACAAUGCUAAAACGUUCAAAAGAGCAGACCAAGACCUGAAGGAGCUGUGGAGGUCAUUCAGAAAAUCAGAGCUCACUGACUUUUUCACGGACAAGGGGAUCACCUGGAAGUUUAUUGUGGAGAGAGCUGCUUGGUGGGGCGGCUUCUGGGAAAGACUUGUGAGAUCUGUAAAAACAUGUUUGAAGAGGGUCCUAGGGAAAGCUUCACUCACCUUUGAGGAGCUGACAACCAUGCUUGCAGAGGUAGAGGCUGUGCUGAAUUCCCGGCCUCUCUCCUAUGUCCAUAAUGACGCAUCAGAGCCCCAGCCGCUUUCACCCUCACAUUUCCUGGUUGGGAAAAGACUCACCUCUCUGCCACCACAGACUAUGAUAUCUUCAUCUAAGGCAACUAAUGUAAGCAGAGAGGACAUGGGCAAGAGAUGGAGGUACCGGCAGAGGCUGUUAACCAGCCUUUGGAACAGCUGGCGGAAGGACUACUUGAUGGACUUAAAAUCAGCUCACCAGUGUGACACACCCAUACCCACCACGCUGAAGGUGGGAGAUGUCAUACUGAUUGGAGAGGACAAUAUGCCCAGGCAAACCUGGAAAAUGGGCAGGAUUGUUGAGUUGUUUUCAGGCAGAGAUGGACUUGUUCGUUCCUGCACUGUUCGUACAUCUACAGGCAGUCUGUUGCGGAGACCUAUUCAGUUGAUAUAUCCAUUAGAGAUAAGUUAAGUAAUAAGUGAAUCGAUAUGAACACCUGUUCAUCGGGCGGGAGGAUGUUGUAAAUUAUUGAGGCUAAUAUUAGACAAGCAGUCAUUAUAUUUUGUUGUAGAAAUUAUGUAAAUGAAUGUUAGUUAAAUUUUGAUUGAUUUGUUUUAUUUACGUGAACAGGAAGUGCUUUUAUUUU